GCACCCUUCCCUUCCUCCUCUCGGCCGGGUUGGUGUGUCUUCCUUCCGGCUUGCCGAAGAAAGUUGAGGGAGGUUCAGCGGCAACUGGGGCUUUUACAUAAUGGACAGCCAGGGAAGGAAAGUGGUGGUCUGUGAUAAUGGGACUGGGUUUGUCAAGUGUGGCUAUGCAGGCUCCAACUUCCCAGAGCACAUCUUCCCUGCGCUUGUUGGGAGGCCAAUCAUCCGCUCGACAGCCAAAGUCGGAAACAUUGAGAUCAAGGACCUGAUGGUGGGAGAUGAAGCCAGCGAGUUGCGCUCAAUGCUGGAGGUCAACUACCCAAUGGAGAAUGGUAUUGUCAGGAACUGGGACGAUAUGAAGCACCUGUGGGACUACACCUUUGGCCCAGAGAAGCUCAACAUCGACUCCCGCAACUGCAAGAUCCUCCUGACUGAGCCCCCCAUGAACCCCACCAAGAACCGUGAAAAAAUCAUUGAAGUGAUGUUUGAGACCUAUCAGUUUGCAGGAGUCUACAUUGCUAUUCAAGCUGUGCUGACACUGUAUGCCCAGGGCCUUUUAACUGGUGUGGUGGUGGAUUCGGGUGAUGGCGUGACACACAUCUGUCCAGUUUAUGAGGGUUUCAGCCUGCCCCACCUGACAAGACGUCUGGACAUUGCAGGCAGGGAUAUCACCCGCUACCUCAUCAAGUUAUUGUUGUUGAGGGGUUAUGCCUUCAACCACUCUGCAGACUUUGAGACGGUGCGCAUGAUGAAGGAGAAAUUGUGCUAUGUUGGCUACAACAUUGAGCAGGAGCAGAAGCUGGCACUGGAGACCACUGUGCUGGUGGAAUCAUACACGCUGCCAGAUGGUCGUGUGAUCAAGGUGGGAGGAGAGCGCUUUGAGGCCCCGGAGGCUCUGUUCCAGCCCCACCUCAUCAAUGUGGAGGGCGUUGGAGUGGCUGAGCUCCUCUUCAAUACAAUCCAGGCAGCCGACAUCGACACCAGGCCUGAGUUCUACAAACACAUCGUACUGUCAGGAGGAUCCACCAUGUACCCUGGCCUGCCUUCUCGGCUUGAGAGGGAACUCAAGCAGCUGUACCUAGAGCGUGUGCUAAAGGGAGAUGUGGACAAACUUUCAAAAUUUAAGAUCCGGAUUGAGGAUCCUCCCAGGCGAAAGCACAUGGUGUUCCUUGGUGGAGCAGUGCUGGCCGACAUCAUGAAGGACAAGGACAACUUCUGGCUGACCCGGGAGGAGUACCAGGAGAAAGGAGUCCGUGUGCUGGAAAAACUUGGAGUCACCGUCAGAUAAAGCACUGAACGGACAGACCAAACACACCAACACACCCACACACAAACACACACACACACACACGCUCAAACAGUGCAUACACAUAUUUCCCCUUUGCCCACAUCGCAGAGUAUAUAUCUAUUUAUCCCUCUUCCCUCUUUUCGGGCUCUGAUCCUCCUCAAACAUCAGAAAGAAUCGAGCCUCCACCUCCUCUUUCUCCUCGCUCUCUCCUGGUUUGGAAUUGGCUUACACUUUUUCUCACAAACCCUUGAGAACCAAUUCCACCUUCACACUGACCCCCCUCCUUUACUUAGACUAGGAAAUGAAGGGUUAAUGCUGCCUUGCUGGUGUAUUUAGGAGUCUGAUUUUCACCCAGUGCUGGUGGUUUGAGCUCGACUUGUUCACCUGCUGAUAGGUUUUGUUGUGGCUUAGCUUCUACAGGUGAACUCACCAGCUAUUGCAGUGAAAACUUCUUCUCUUAAAUAAACUUCUGAGGGGUCAAAUUGAUGCAAAGUUUCUUGUAAAAUCACAAUCAGGGUCCACAACAAACAGCCACGGGCCGCAUUCAGCAUCUGUUCCUGGUGAGUGAGAACUGAUCACAUUUUUAUGUCGGUUUUUAUAAACAAUAUCAAGACUUCUUUUCUGGGAGAGGGAUGAUUUUUUUGUUCUGCUUUUUUCCUUUUUGUUGGAUGUAUGAUUUAUAUCUUUAAGGUUUAUUUCUUAACUUUUUCAUUGACUUUUUUUCUUUUGUUGCUGUGCACUACUACCAUCGUAAAUGAGGAGUGUAUUGUGGUAACAGAAGUUCCUCCAUGUUUUUAUGAAGAAUUGAUGGUUGGUUCAUAAAGGGACAAAUAAACAGUGAAAAAGAGCGCAACAUCAGGGGGUGUGUGACGGUACUUACGGCUCUGCGGGUGGUGAGACAAUGAUAGGGUGUGGGUGGGGUUAGGGUGGGAGUGCUACUAUUUGUUCCUCAUGCAACAGCCUUGCCUCUGCCUCUUCUAUUUGUGUUAUGGAUGCAAGCUGUUGUUGCAAUAUUACAGGCUGUGAAAUCGCCAUAGCAUCUUAUUGUAGUAUUCCUUCAGAUCCACCCAGGGCUCUGAGGCAGUUGCAGGUUGUCACCAAGAUAGAUCUGAAUCUGGGCGUAGCAGAGCACCUCAAAAUGGGGGGGAGGGGGGAUGGUAUAUUGAUGACUUUGAAAUGCUGUUGAGAUCAUAAUGAAGCUCUCCGGUGUUCUCCAACUCCAAACGGUUGACUUAAUGAUUACUGGAGGCACUUCUAUUUUGCGUAUGAUAAAUGUGUAUAUUUUUUUCCUUCUAUUCCAUAAACGCCUAUCCAGUGCCAAGUGCAGUUAAUGUUAACUGGAUCUCUCAUGUUUUAUUGUCUUUCUUUUUGUCACUGUUUUUAUUUUCCUGUGUUGUUCAUAGCAUAACUGCCUAACGCUGAUUUAAAUAAAGAAAAGUGAUUUAUAAAGA